AUGAGUGCGCCAAAGACAGAAAAGAUUGUUAAUUUUGUGGAGAAACUGGAAGAUUUGUUACAAAAACAAGGAAACAAGGAGCCACUUCCGGAAUACUGUGAUGCUGACCCCCUGCAACAGUCGUUUGUUCAGCUAACACGUGAUCAACAGGAAGACAUACUGCAGUUUACCAAGCACAUCUUCCGAGACCACCUCUACGGUGUAUAUGAUGAAACGUCAGUGGCGUCGUUGAAUAGUGAUUUGGAUGAUUUGAUGCAAUCGUUGACAAACAGAGUCCGUGCAACGAGAAAAAAACAACGAAGAAAAAGAUCCAGAAAGCGUGGAUUUUAUUCCGAAGGAGAA